UCUCCUUUUAGCAGCCUCUCUGUGAUGCUGCCUAUUUUAAAGGGACAACACACACUGCAGACAGCUGCACAUGACAAUCUACAGCAGCAGGGACUCUUGCUGCUGGACGCCUGUGGACCAGAUAUAACAAAGAUUCAAAGAGAGGGAGGUAGAACGAGAAAGCGAGAGCUAGAAAAAGAUAGAGAGAGCGAGGAAGCUCCAGGGAAAGGAGGACAGAACUCUUUGUCUUGAAAAGUGUGUUUAAGAGGAAUCGCUACUGAAAGUUUUUCAGUUCUCCUCUGGGGAGUGAAGCUUUCAGCCUGGCUGGCUACGUUCUUGCUCUUCCUUCAGAUGUUUCUACUGUGAACUAUUUGGCUGGCUCACAUCUCCAGUCUCUCCACACUGUCUAUAUUGGAGAGUACCCCUGGGACCAUUCACGUGGAUUGACGGUCACUACUCAGCACUGUCCUUGGAUCAGUUUUGCACAGCUCCUAAAGGAGAAGAUUGACCUGGCUGGCCUGAGCUAGGAUCAGAUUAUCUUGGAGUGCGGUUUUUGCGAGAAGGGGAACAUUGAAGCUUGAAUCGGGUCUUGUUCAGGCUUGAUUGAAUCCGAUAACUCCUAUUUAGUCGGAUAUGUUCUACUUGGGUUUAUACACUAUACUUGUGUCCCAUCGUGCCCCAUGAAGCGAUUUGGGAGCCUGAGGGCGAGCAAGAAGAAGAAGGAGCCAGACAGUCGGACAGGGAGGAGGCAGUCCGAGCCCCACGGCCUCUUGGGAAACACCUCUGGGAUGUCCUCGCCCCCCUCAACUCCUCCGACGCAGUCCGUCAAGCAGCCGCCGGCGUUCCUGCUGGAGGCCUAUCGGAGCGAGCCGGAGAGGCCGGAGGCACGGAUGCGCUCCUACUCUUCCCCGCCAGACACCGGGCAACGCUUCCGUCUACCCUGCACCAAACCACCCAUGACUCCCUCCACCCCCAUCGCUACCUCACAAUCACCACCAGUCGACAGUUUAGUUGAAGCCAUGCUGAAGAAACUUGACCUAGAAGAUGAAGCUGUUGAAGAAUCCGAAAGGGAUAUCUACAUGCGCUUUAUGAAGUCACACAAGUGCUACGACAUUGUUCCUACCAGCUCCAAGCUCGUGGUUUUUGACACUACUCUACAAGUAAAGAAGGCUUUCUUUGCCUUGGUUGCCAACGGGGUGCGGGCAGCCCCGCUAUGGGAGACGAAGAAGCAGAGCUUUGUCGGAAUGUUAACCAUCACAGACUUCAUCAACAUCCUCCACAGAUACUACAAGUCUCCCAUGGUACAAAUAUAUGAGCUGGAGGAGCAUAAAAUUGAAACGUGGAGAGAGCUCUACCUACAAGAAACCUUUAAGCCGUUAGUGAACAUAUCACCUGAUGCAAGUAUAUUUGACGCGGUAUACUCGCUCAUCAAGAACAAGAUCCAUCGGCUGCCCGUCAUCGACCCAGUCAGCGGAAACGCACUUUAUAUCCUCACACACAAGAGAAUCCUCAAGUUCCUCCAGCUCUUUGUGUGUGAGAUGCCAAAGCCUGCCUUUAUGAAGCAGACCCUGGAGGAGCUGACCAUCGGCACCUACCACAACAUCGCCUUCAUCCACCCCAACACACCCAUCAUCAAGGCCCUGAACAUCUUCGUGGUCCGGAGGGUGUCCGCACUGCCAGUGGUGGACGAGUCGGGGAAAGUCGUGGAUAUUUAUUCCAAGUUUGAUGUCAUUAACCUUGCUGCUGAGAAGACCUACAACAACCUGGACAUCACGGUGACCCAGGCUCUGAGGCAUCGCUCGCAGUACUUCGAGGGCGUGAUGAAGUGCAACCGGCUCGAGACACUGGAGACUAUCGUGGACAGAAUAGUCAAAGCAGAGGUCCACAGGCUGGUGGUGGUGGGCGACAACGGACACAUCGUGGGCAUCGUUUCCCUCUCGGACAUCCUGCAGGCCCUGGUGCUCACCCCUGCAGGCAUCGGCAGGAAGAGCAGCCAAGCACAAUCAAAAGCAGAGGUAGAUACAGAGGCACCACCAGAAACAUUGGUAGAGACAGAGGCACCACCAGAAACAUUGGUAGAGACAGAGGCACCACCAGAAACAUUGGUAGAGACAGAACUAGAGGUAGUGGGGGCUGGAAUUCGAAGUUGAGACUGAGAUGGAGAACGCUGAAGCCGUGGCAAAGACUGAGGCAGUAGUGAAGGUAGAGACUGAAGCUGGACCAAAGGAAGCUGAGGGAAAAGCGGAGUAUGUGCUGUGUGUGACUGACCUGCCGUGACACGGGACAGUUGACUCGGAAGACUGAUGGAAGUUGAACCCCCAGAAUGAUGCAGCAUUGUCUGGGCUGAGAAAAGGGUUGGAUCGGACUGGUGGGAUGGGUGGUACAGUCAGUGACCCUCUGGGUAACCAGGGCCCUGAUGGGUAAUUUGCUGUGAUAGGGGAGACGUGGUCACAUAGAUGACUGACUCGGACUGACCAACCUGGGAUCAUUUUACUAGAGGGUCUGGGGAGGCGGUGGUGCCUCCUCUUCUCCCCCCUCAAGAUUGUGCAUCAUCACUCCCCUCUACUUUUACCGCCUGGAUGUUCCAGAAAUAACCCCCUAGGCCCUCAUUUAGACUUGACAUGAGUGGAAAGGUAUUAGCAACAUGGCUAGUAUUCCAGCUAGCCUAUCAGAAGCCCUCGAGGUGGUUUGAGUUAUUAUAAGCUUCUUUUUAGUUGCAGGUUAUUUCUUUUCCAUUUUAAUCAUAAUCGUGUCUGCUUUCCUUCAGGGAAAGAGUAUUGAGUUGUUUUUUUCUUUAUUUGCACAAGGUUUUGUGAAUGGAAACAAGGGAUGUCGGUGGCUCUCCGAAAACUACACCAAUCCCCCUGCUACUUAUGAUGUCCCUGUGACAGUGGGCGGAGCUUGCUGUCCUGUCUUUAACGUCAUUGGUGCCUUUCGAGAGAGAUUUUUUUAAAGUAUUUUUGAAAGAGAGCGGACUUUGUUGUUCAAUGCAAUUCAAGAAGCAGCAGCUGCCUAUAUACAAUAUAUCCAAUAUGUAUGUAUACUCCAAUUACUUGGAGGCAUGCAAGAUAUAUCUUGUACUCUGUAUCGAUCAUACUGGAAAUAUAGAGAAACCUUUUGUACUGAGGAAACUAAGUGCCAGAGAAAGGACAGUUCUAUUUUCUCUUUAGUCAAUAUUGUAAGAUUAUGUUAUUUUUGUAAUAUUUACUGAUUCUUUUCUUGUCAUUCAGAUUGUGAAGUUAUAUUGUUGAUAGUCUCAGAUGAGUGGUUUAUCUAUUGAAAAUGAACAGAUGUGUCAUGAGUGCGACAUAAUACAUGUUUCUGUUAUUUAAUUUCUUUUGCUGUUUAAAAAAGUAAUAAAACAUACUACUGAAAUCUU